AUGUUUAUCCCCGAUCCAGAUGAUUUUGGAGAGUCGGAAAAUGAUUAUUCGGAUGAUGAUGAUGAUAUUCAACUAAACGAAAGCUAUUCAACAUCGUUUGAUUCAAUAUUCCCUAGUUCUUCAUAUACAUUGUCAAUCGAUGAGAUGAUGGUCAAGUAUUACGGUAGAUGUAAAUUAAAGCAAUUUAUAAAAUCUAAGCCGAUACGAUUUGGUAUAAAACUUUGGGGCUUGUGUAGCGUGAAUGGAUAUGUUUUUAAUUUUGAUAUCUAUUGUGGAAAGAAUGAGGAAGUUGACAAGUUAUCUAAAUAUUUACUAGUCCAUUUGAAAAAAAUAGGACUUCAAGCAACCUGUAAAGUAAGGGAAAACAGAGUAAGUGUGACAAACGUUUUAGAGAAAAAGGCACAUAGAGAUUCAAAACCAGUUUCUAUACUAUCAACCGCAGCUGGUAUCACUCCACAAAGUAAUGUAAACAGAUAUAAUAAGGAAGAAAAAAAGGAAGGAGUUCUACCAUUUCCUAAUGCAUUUACAGUAUACAAUAAAUACAUGGGUGGAGUUGACUUACACGACAA